UUUCUCUCUCUGGAUCUGUUUUAAGGAUUAUUUGACAUUUAUUAUGCUUCAUUUAUCUGGGUAUUUAAUCGCUUCAUUACACUAGCAUUUUUAAAGCAUUUUCUGACACCUCAAUUUUUCCAUCAGUGACAUAUUUGGGGUUGACUCAGUUUACUGUUUAUUCUAUUGGCAUCUGUUUACAUUUGAGGAGCACUUGAUAUUUUGGGACAGACCUUUUGGAUUUGGUUUUAAGGAUCAUUUAAAUCAUAUUUCUCGUCAUGAGUCUGGGAAAGUUGCCGGCGAUCAAAGGCCUGGUAUCCUCGUCUCACGGCAAACGGCGGUUUAAGAGUGACCUGUCGGUGGACAUGAUCAGUCCGCCACUCGGCGACUUCCGCCACACGAUGCACGUAGGCCGCGGUGGGGACGUCUUCGGGGACACUUCGUUUCUGAGCAACUACGGCGGAUCAAGUAACAGCGAUGGCCUACGGUACCCGGAUUCACUCUCUGGCUCCAAACCGACGCGUUUUUUGUCGAGAACGCUACAGCACGUACGAAAGACUCCUCUGCCCCGGUUGAGAGGAGGGUCACGUGACUUCUCGUCCCCUCCGCCGCCCAUCUCGCCUAUCAUGAAAAACGCCAUCUCUCUGCCUCAGCUCAACAUGAGCAACGACGUCCUGAUGAGGGCGCUGCUGCCCACCUCCACCAGCUCACCGGACGAGCCGCUCUGCUCCUACGGUCUUCAUUCUGAUUUCGUUACACUGCCUCAUUUAUCCCGACUCGACCAAAGCUUUGCAGAAACGUCUGAAUUGCUCAGUGGAGACAGUCGACGGAGUUCCUUACCGGAGAACAGCGAGGUCUCGAUGAUGCGAUCUGAUUCACUCUCAUCCUUCACGGUGGACCUUGGCCCUUCCCUCAUGAGCGAGGUUCUGGGAAUGAUUGACAGCUCCUGCUGCCUCAUUAAGAGCCAUCAAGAUCAGGAGAUUGAGGAAGAAGAGCAGCAGAGCUCUGUGUUUGAGACGGAUCAUAAAUGUCAGACAAUAGAUGCUUCAGUCAGGCGUCCGAUUGGACCACACGUCACUAUCGAGCCCAGGAGGUUCCAGCAGGCUGCUAGCAUGCUAGCACGUCAAUUUGGAGGAGGAAGACCUGAAGAGGAGCGUCAGAGACCUUCAUCUUUUAGACACCAGGACACCGUACAGCUUCACUGAGACAGAGGAAGAAAUCAAAGUAUGAACAUCAGAAAUUACACAUAAGAAUCAGAAUCAGAAUGAGAUUUAUUGCCAUGCUGUUCAUGAUGGUGAG